CCCUUCCCGGCGCCGCGCGCGUCAGGACGCCGUGACGUAGGCGGACAUCCGGUUCCGUGGGUCUCGGAACCUGCUGUGUUGGCCUUUAUGAGCCUCCGAACCUUCCAUUCCUAAAAGCAGGAGCAAUGCCGAAGAAAAAGACUGGUGCGAGGAAGAAGGCGGAGAACCGCCGAGAGCGGGAGAAGCAGCUGAGAGCAUCUAGAAGCACCGUGGACUUAGCCAAACACCCGUGCAAUGCUUCCAUGGAAUGUGACAAGUGUCAAAGGCGUCAGAAGAAUAGAGCAUUUUGCUAUUUUUGCAAUUCAGUGCAGAAGUUACCAAUUUGUGCACAGUGUGGAAAAACAAAAUGUAUGAUGAAGUCCUCAGACUGUGUUAUCAAGCACGCAGGCGUCUACAGCACUGGCCUGGCGAUGGUGGGUGCAAUAUGUGACUUCUGUGAGGCGUGGGUUUGCCAUGGUCGGAAGUGUCUUAGCACACACGCCUGUGCCUGCCCUCUUACUGAUGCUGAGUGUGUGGAGUGUGAACGGGGCGUCUGGGACCAUGGAGGCAGGAUAUUCGGUUGUUCUUUCUGCCACAACUUCCUCUGUGAAGACGAUCAAUUUGAACAUCAAGCCAGCUGCCAAGUUUUAGAAGCAGAAACAUUUAAAUGUGGCUCCUGUAACCGACUCGGCCAGCAUUCCUGUCUCCGAUGUAAGGCUUGUUUCUGUGAUGAGCAUACAAGGAGCAAAGUGUUUAAGCAAGAGAAAGGCAAGCAGCCUCCAUGCCCCAAAUGUGGACACGAGACCCAGGAGACAAAGGACCUGAGCAUGUCUACCCGCUCCUUGAAAUUUGGCCGUCAGACGGGAGGUGAGGAGGGAGAUGGAGCUGCUGGGUAUGAUGCUUACUGGAAGAACCUUUCAUCAGACAAGUAUAGUGAUGCUGGUUAUCAUGAUGAGGAGGAGGAAGAGUAUGAAGCUGAUGAUGAUGAAGAGGAAGAGGAGGAAGGUGGAAAGAAUUCGGAUGCUGAGUCCUCAGAUCUGUUCACUCACUUGAACCUGGGCAGGACCUAUGCCAGUGGCUAUGCUCACUACGAAGAGCAGGACUAGCAGAGCUGCCCCCUGCUGGCCGCCGUGGGGAGUGCAGGACGUGUGCUUGGGGUGCCUGGGCUGUUCAGAAGUGCCAUCGCUUGGCCUUGUGCAGACUGGUUAUCCCAGGCCAGGGAGGAGGGGGUAGCAUUUUAUGGGAACUGAUAAUCAGGCUUUUAAUAUUAAAAAAAAAUUAGUCAAAUGUAAGAUGUUAUUGAUAAGUAAAUGGAACAUCGUGAAUUGAAUACUGAUUUCAGUAAUCUGAUAGGUUUUGCAAGUUCUCUUCACAUAUGCAGGAUAAAGAAAUAAAACAGUAAUAUAUUUAUUUGACAUAAAUUACUGUUUUUAUUAAAGGCACUGCUUAAAAUUUUAUGAAUCUGUUUUAACAGUUUAACGGGUAAAAUUACUAUAUUUUUCCUUUUAUGUCUAUCACAGGAUGAAUGUGUAAAUUUUCAUCAAAUAUUCAUGUUAUUUUAAGUAGUCAUGUAUACAUGAAGAGUUGACUGACACAUUCAUGUUUUUCUUUGCAGUGUAUGUUCUAACAAUUCUUGUUAAUCUCUAACUGACAAAAAUGGCCUAGCAGUUUUACAUAAACAUAAUAUCAGAAAACAUGUUCUACAUCCUUUUUUCAGUUUUUGAAUAAAUCUAGUAUUAUACUUGAA